AUCCGAGAAAGGCUUUUACGGACACCUGUAAGAUCUCGGAAAUUCUCCCACAGCUCGCUCUUUUCUUCAGCUGUGUUAAUCGAGCGGAUCUAAGGAGAUCCGAACAUCUAUCAUUCGCUUAACUGGCGGCUGUUUCGCUGGCAGAACGACGAGGUUUUCUUAUUUUCUGGGUUGAGAUGAGAUAUGAGAUCCACGCGCAGUGCUGGUCGCCCGCCCUCUCUUUCUCUCUCUCGCUCGCACACCUGUCCGACAUCUGGCCAUAUAGACGAUAUAGCCGAUCGGGAAUUCAGUCGCCUCGCGAUGCUCUGGCGUUGAUCUUCGCCGGUCCGAUUUGAUCCGAUCUUCAGGUUUUCCUGUCGCUUUCGUUUUCUUCUCUUCCACUUUCGGUUGUGUGUGUGAUAAUAGCAAUUAAAAUAUAUUAUUUUAUUGUUUUUGUUUAGUGUCAAGUGGAAAAUUUGUUGUCGAGUGUGUGAAAUAUUUAUAAAUAUAGAAGUGAACUGCAAAAACAUGGGAAACGGUUUAAUAUGACGAAGAUAAAUAUGUGAAAAUGUUGAAACAAAUAAAUUAAUACUCAAUGACCAAAAACACGAAAGCACCUCUGGAUUCGCUGGCAUGACCAACAUAUAAUUAUUAGCAAAAAAAGGUCGGCGGAAAAAUAAAAAUUAUCAAAACAUUAAAGCACAACUCGAUUACUGCAGUGGGCGUGUGUGUGUGUUUUGACUGCUGACAAAAGUGCAAUUCGAAUCGGAAUCGGAAUCGAGUGGAGAGUCGGAAAAGCGGGAAAACGCAACCGAUACGGGCCAAACUCAAGUGGUCAGGAUAGGCGGCUAAAAGGAGGCGGCGGGCGGGGUAGGCGUGGCGUAGCGUGGAGCGCUACCAGCCGACGAGCAUGUCCUCGACGUCGACGUCGACAACGACAGCGACGCUGACUGCGACUGAGGCAGCGACGGUGGGAAACGCGACUGUUGGCGAAAUGUUUUCGGAUGCGGAAAUGGCGGAAGUGCGGCAUGUUGUCCAACGCAUUUUGGUGCCGUGCGUUUUUGUUAUUGGACUAUUGGGAAAUUCAGUGAGCAUUUAUGUUUUGACGCGAAAGCGCAUGAGGUGCACCACGAACAUCUAUCUGACGGCUUUGGCCAUCACGGAUAUUGCCUACCUGACCUGUCAAUUAAUCCUCUCGAUCCAGCAUUACGACUACGCCAAGUACCACCUGCAGAUCUUCUGGGAGCUCUACGGCUACUUCGUCUGGCUGUGCGACAGUUUCGGCUACAUUUCGAUUUACAUCGCCGUAUGCUUCACCAUCGAGCGAUUCAUUGCGAUUCGCUAUCCGCUCAAGAGGCAAACAUUCUGCACAGAGUCGCUGGCCAAGAAGGUGAUAGCAGCCGUGGCUGUGUUUUGUUUGCUGUCCACGCUCUCGACGGCAUUCGAGCACACAAUUACGGUCGGUUGGAAGCUGAUUGAUGGCGCCUACCAGCCGUGCAACCAAACGGAGGCCAAUUUCUCGCCCAUGCCCCCGUCCUUCGCCCUGGGCACGCCUCCUUUGGCAACGCCCCCUUUGGCAACGCCUCCGCUUGCAACGCCGCCGACCGUGUGGCAGGACUUCUCCACGGAGUCGCCCACCGCCAUCGCCGGCAGCUCGAGUCAGCUGAUCGAUUGGGGCAGCGGCAGCGGAGAUGGAGAACCAGAAAACAUUCCGCGACAUCGCCGGCACUGGCAGUCAACUGGAUUUGUGACGCUUCCCGCUUUGCGGAGAACGCUGGAGGAACAGGAGCAGCAGGUUCGGCAACCCGCGGAGGAGGAGGAGGAGCAGGAUGAGGGGUCAAGGGUCACCGAGAGUUUGCUGCAGUUGCUCCGUAGCAAACGCAGCGCUGACAACAACAAUGACUACAACAAUGACAACAGCAACAACACGGAUGCAUUCGCAUUUAAUGUAACGGAAUACUGUCAAAAUAUGACCGUCUUUGGUCACGGUUACUCGGAACUGGGAAUGGAUGAGCUCUAUAGUAAUUUAUGGAGCAUGGUCACACUGCUCAUCUUCGUGGUGCUUCCCUUGCUUCUGCUGGCCACAUUCAACUCAUUUCUGAUACUACUGGUGCAUCGGUCGAAGAAUCUUCGCGGUGAUCUGACCAAUGCGAGUAGCAUAAGGCGCACAAAACGCAAAUCAAACUCCGGCAUCAAGAGCAGUGUGUCGCAGGAGCACCGAGUGACAAUCACCUUGAUUGCGGUGGUGCUAAUGUUCAUAGUGUGCCAACUGCCGUGGGCCAUUUACCUGGUGGUCGAACAGUACAUGACCAUUCAGGUGAGCACCCAAGUGGUGGCGGGUAAUGUCUGCAAUCUGCUCGCCUCCCUCCAUGCGGCCUCCAACUUUUUUCUAUACUGUGUGCUAUCCGAUAAGUAUCGAAAGACGGUGCGUGAGCUGAUCACCGGCUAUCGGUAUAGGCAUCGACAUAACCGCAACAACACCAGUCUCUAUGUGCCGCACACGACGACUACACUGACCCAAAUUAAUGGAGACCAUUACGGCGGCGGUGGUGGUCAUUACGGCGGCGCUGGAAGUCGGCGAACCCGCAAUACUACGGGUCGCCUGAUAGCGUGAGCCAGCAAGGAUAUAUAUAUGUACCAUAUGUAUAUUCCGGUUGAACUCCUUGAGAAGAGAAUCCAAGAGAAUCUCGCAAGAGAAGGCUUCGAAUUUGCCAGCAAAUCUCACGGAAUCGAAUCACAAGUGACUCGUUUAAGUCAAAAGUGAUUCCAUUCGAGCGUGACGAGCAGAAAAUUUAAUUUGUUAUCAAUCAAUCGAUAUUUAUGUAUAUCUCUCUCUCUAUCUCUCUAUCUAUCUAUCUAUCUAUCUUCCCACUGUCUCUUUAUAUAUAUAUAUAUAUUACAUAACAUACAUUGUGCCAUAAUGUGAUGAUUAUAGAUUUAUGCUAGUUAACCUAAACGUAAUUGUUGUCCUAAGUACUAAACGCAUCAAAUCAAAUACACGCAAUACACACACAAGUAAACAAAGGACGUCGUCGUCGGUGAGUUUGCUGUUUGCUAUUUGACCGUCCCACGGGGCGUAUGAAUAACCCACCGGUGCAUAUUAAUUUGGUGCGCCACGUAUCGCUGGAUAUCGGGGAAUAGACCGCAGUUAACUGUCCCGCGAGACUGCGGUUCUUCGAAGAACAUAGAGAGGGGGAAGGUAGGAGGGUAAAUAACCCAACAGGAAAACAAAGGGGCAACAAGAAAGGAAGAAGGACCUUCCGAAUAUCAAACUCGAAGUACAGAGUUCUCUUUAGCUUGGAAAUGUUGUACAUAGUUCAUAGGAGUUAAAGAUCUGUAGCAUUUUUUUAAUAUUUUUCCCCUCACCCGAACUGAAUUGUUUUAUUUGUAGUGGUAGACACAAUUAUUUUGCAGAGUGUCCCGCUUAUAAGGGAAACCUGAUUUCCCUGUUGUUGCGAUAAUUGAAGUGUUUACAAUCCGUAUCCUGGGCAUCUGCUAUCGCCGAAUCUGCAGUUGCCAGUGAAUUGCACUGACCGAUACCUAAUUGAAUGCCAGCCAAGUUCCAGAGCUGCAGAGCUUCAGAGCUUCAGAGCUGCAGAGCCGAAAUGCCGAAAUCACAGCCCGUUUCCUGUUAGCCAUUUUGCCAUUUUUCGGUCGGCCCGAAUGCAAUCGAACAGCUGCAGCAAUCGAAGGGCUGCGCCUGCAGAUCCGACUAAGCCGAUAAUUGAAGGUGCCGUCGUGGCCAAUGGGGAUUCUUCUGUGUCAACCUACUCUGCUUCUCCGGAACGGGGAUAAAUGGGGAUUCCCCCGGGGAUAAUUGGUUCAACCGAACUGGGGACUCGGCCAUCGAUGCCGAAUGCUAAAAUACAAGUGAAAAUCUUUUCCGGCAUGCUGGCAAUAAAUUUCGGGGGCAAAAUGUGGGGGAAAUCUAACCCAUUCACACACAUACAAAUACACAUACACACGCAGAGCUACAAAAAGCCACACAUACACACACACACAAACGUAAUGGAGUUACAAACAUUUGCGGUUUACUGCAUUGCUAUUUCCAUCCACACAUGUACAACUGCAGUAAAAAUAGUAGGAAAUGUUUAAAAAAAUACACACUUCUAUGGCCAACCUUUUGAUUUAAAUAUUUUUAUUUAUUUAAAGAAAGUCAAAGCAAUAUGUACUUGCAAA